AUGCCGACGACUCAAAGCCCCGGAAGCCGACAACUGUCAAGGACGAACAGGCAUCGAACAGAGCGUGCAGCACCGAGAAUCAGCGAAAACUAUCCAAAUCUUGCCGUGUCUCUCGAAUGCGGGAGCAGUCUGAUGAGGUGGGAUCAUGUGCGGAGAAUUUCAGCUUCGUUCAGGGGUACUUUCUUCGGCUCACGGGGGAGGAAAGAGGUUUCCCUUGGGAAUGUUGCUGGGAGAGGGGGAGAUGUUGUUUUACGUGAUGCUGAUGGAAGGAAGAGAUGCGGUUGGGUUACUGAGUUCAGUGAUGAAGUCUACGUUUCUUUCCAUGAUAAAUGCUGGGGUGUUCCGGUUUUUCAUGAUAGCCAGCUAUUUGAGCAGCUAACACUAUCGGGAAUGCUCAUUGAUUUCAAUUGGACCCAGAUUCUAAAGAGAAGGGAGUGGUACCGGGAGGUGUUUGCAAAGUUUGAUCCUAAUGUCGUGGCCAAGAUGGACGAGAAAGAUAUAAUAAAGAUAACUUCAAAAAAGAAGUUUGGAUUAGCCAAGAGCAGGGUUAGGUGCAUAAUUGACAACGCCAAGUGCGUACAAAAGGUUGUUGGAGAAUUUGGAUCUUUCAGUGGGUACAUAUGGAGCCAUGUGAAUCACAAGCCUAUUAUAAAAAAUCGAAGAAAAUUUGUCCGCACAAAUAUUCCUUCGAAAACCCCAAAGUCUAAAGCCAUAAGCAAAGACCUAGUGGGCAGAGGGUUUAGACUUGUGAGUCCAGUGACAGUUUACUCCUUCAUGCAAGCUUCAGGCAUGGCGAUCGAUCAUGAACUUGAUUGCUUUAGGUUCAGCGAGUGUGUCAAGGCGGCAGAGAGAUCAUGGGGAAUGACUAGCUUAGGAAAUUAA